CCCUGGGGCAGCCGCCCGCGGCCCCUGAGCUCCGUGAGGAGGAGGAGGAGGAGGAGGAAGGCCGGGUGAGUGAGCAGACCGCGGCCAUGGAGGAGUGGCGGCAGUGCGGCCGCUGGCUCAUCGACUGCAAAGUUUUGCCCCCGAACCACCGGGUGGUCUGGCCCUCGGCGGUGGUCUUCGACCUGGCGCAGGCGCUGCGGGACGGGGUGCUGCUCUGCCAGCUGCUCCACAACCUCUCCCCCGGCUCCAUCGACCUCAAGGACAUCAACUUCAGGCCCCAGAUGUCCCAGUUUCUCUGUUUGAAGAACAUCCGAACCUUCCUGAAGGUGUGUCACGACAAAUUUGGGUUAAGGAACAGCGAUUUGUUUGAUCCCUUCGACCUCUUCGAUGUGCGGGAUUUCGGGAAGGUGAUCUCUGCAGUAUCCAGGCUCUCCUUCCACAGUAUUGCUCAAACCAAAGGAAUUAGGCCCUUCCCAUCGGAGGAGACCACGGAAAACGAUGAUGACGUGUAUCGGAGCCUGGAGGAGCUGGCAGACGAGCACGAUCUGGGGGAGGACAUUUAUGACUGCGUCCCCUGCGAAGAUGAAGGCGAUGAUAUCUACGAAGAUAUCAUCAGAGUGGAAGUUCAGCAGCCCAUGAAAAUGGGAAUGACAGAAGAUGACAAAAGAAAUUGCUGCUUGCUAGAAAUCCAAGAAACUGAGGCCAAAUACUACAAAACACUUGAAGAUAUAGAAAAGAACUAUAUGAACCCCCUGAGGCUGGUACUGACUCCCCAAGACAUGGAAGCUAUUUUUAUCAAUUUGGAGGACCUAAUUAAAGUGCACUUCAGUUUCCUGAGAGCCAUCGAUGUCUCUAUGAUGUCUGGAGGAAGCAGCCUGGCAAAAGUGUUUCUGGAAUUCAAAGAGAGGCUGCUGAUUUAUGGCAAGUACUGCAGCCACAUGGAGUAUGCCCAGAACACCCUCAACCACCUCCUCGCCAACCGGGAGGACGUCCGGCAGAAGGUGGAGGAAUGCACACUAAAGGUCCAGGAUGGGAAAUUUAAAUUGCAAGAUCUGCUGGUGGUUCCAAUGCAGAGAGUUUUGAAAUAUCAUCUCCUGUUGAAAGAGCUGCUCAGCCAUUCCUCAGACCGACCAGAGAAGCAACAGCUGAAGGAGGCUCUGGAGGCGAUGCAGGACUUGGCCAUGUACAUCAAUGAAGUAAAGAGGGACAAGGAGACUUUAAAGAAAAUAAGUGAAUUUCAGAGCUCUAUAGAAAACCUGGUAAAGAAACAGGGAGCUGUUCUUCCUCCUUCCCUGCUGUUGCCUGUGCAAGGUUCAGCAGAAGGGGCAGGGGCAGGCACUCAGCAGUUACUGAGGUGCCUGCAUGGAAGUGUGAUGCAUUUUGCUGCUCAGGUGUUGGGAGCACAGCGAGAUCAACGCUCUUGUUUUCUCUUGCAGUGGUCAUACGGCUUCUACCUAAUCCACCUUCAGGGGAAGCAGGGCUUCCAGUUCUUCUGCAAGACAGAAGAAAUGAAGAGGAAGUGGAUGGAGCAGUUUGAAAUGGCAAUGUCCAACAUAAAGCCAGAGAAAGCCAAUGCAAAUCACCAUAACUUUCAGAUGUACACAUUUGAAAAGACGACCAACUGCAAAGCCUGCAGGAUGUUCCUGAGAGGAACCUUCUACCAGGGCUAUCUUUGCCCCAAAUGUGGAGCAGGUGCUCAUAAGGAGUGCUUGGAGAUCAUUCCUCCCUGCAAGAUGGGUUCUUCAGCAGACCAGGAUUCACUGGGUGCUGGACCUGGUCCUAAAAUGGUGGCAGUUCAGAAUUACCAUGGAAACCCAGCCCCUCCUGGGAAGCCGGUGCUGACCUUUCAAAUUGGGGAUGUGAUCGAGCUGCUGAGGGGGGACCCAGACUCACCAUGGUGGGAGGGGCGGCUGCUGCAGACGAAGAAGUCGGGUUAUUUUCCCAGCUCGUCAGUAAAGCCCUGCCCUGUGGAUGCCAGGCCUCCCAACAGCCGACCGCCCUCGCGGGAGAUCGACUACACAGCGUACCCGUGGUUUGCAGGGAACAUGGAGCGGCAGCAGACGGACAACCUGCUCAAGUCCCACGUCAGCGGCACCUACUUGAUCCGGGAGCGGCCGGCCGAGGCCGAGCGCUUUGCCAUCAGUAUUAAGUUCAACGAGGAGGUGAAGCACAUCAAGGUGGUGGAGAAGGACAACUGGAUUCACAUCACAGAAGCCAAGAAGUUCGAAAGCUUGCUGGAGCUGGUCGAGUACUACCAGAGCCACUCGCUGAAGGAGAGCUUCAAGCAGCUGGACACGACGCUGAAAUACCCCUACAAAUCUCGGGAGCGCUCUACCUCCAGGACCUUCACCCGCUCCCCAGCCUCCUGCGCUUCCUACAACUUUUCUUUUCUCAGUCCUCAGGGCCUCAACUUUUCUUCUCAGAGCUCCUCCAGUCCCUUCUGGUCAGUGUUCACCCCACGGGUCAUAGGGACGGCGGUGGCUCGAUACAACUUCGCGGCGCGGGACAUGCGGGAGCUCUCGCUGCGGGAGGGCGACGUGGUGAAGAUCUACAGCAGGAUUGGCGGGGACCAGGGAUGGUGGAAGGGGGAAACCAACGGAAGAGUCGGCUGGUUUCCCUCGACGUACGUGGAAGAGGAGGGGGUGCAGUGACUGCGGGGAUGUUUGGUGGAAGUCGUCGAGCGCCCAGAGCCGCUGCAGCCCGAGCACGCCUGUCCCGACGCCCGCGGCUCCCCGUGAGACGCGGCCGGACACCUCCCAGGAGCCUCCCAGGACUGCUCUCGCAGCCUCCUCAGCAAUCCUUCCUCUGUACAGUGUGUGUGCACAUGUCGGGGCCGCCCCGGCCCCGCUCCUGUUCCGUGUAUAGAAGAUUGAUGGUCCGUCGGAUAACGUUGGUGUAGCAGCUGCGGAAGAGUCCCGGGAGAGCUGCGCUCCCCCUGCAUGGACAGAGCUGAGAGACUCUGGGGGGUCUGCACCUCUCUUUUAAAGGUGUUUUAAAAGCCACCGUGGUGAUGGUGGUGGGAGGGUGAGGCUGAAGGUUUGUGCCUGGGUGUGCCGGGGUGAGAAUCUGGGGGUUUCUAAGGGGAGGGAGAGAUCCAGCCCCGAGGAGGCAAUGCAGACCCCCUGCCCACACCACUCGGGUGGGCUCCCCAGGUCAGAAUUUUGGCAGUGUCCCUGGCAGGGGGCAGGGUGAGGAGCAGAGCAGAGACACACAGAGGAGAGGACUGUUGCUUGACUCUGAAGGGAUGUCAGCUGUGAAACCAUUUUGACCAUCAGACAUGGGCUGGAAGUGGAUCUUCGAAUCAGACAGGAGGGGAAGGAGCUGCUUUGGCAUCCCCAAGCCUGUUUUCUUUUCAACCACCUCAGUCCCAGCAGCCUUGCUGCAGGUGGAGGGGGCUGCCCAGGGAACAGACUGGUCCCACUGGUGAGAGCAGGAGGUCUCAGCGUGUUGCAGGACUGGAGAUGUGCUUUGCCACACAAGGGCUUUGGAGGCCACCAAGACACCAGAUACAUGCAGAGGAGCGUGUGUCCCUGGGUCUGUCCUCCUCUCCCUCUCAGCAGGACCCCCCCCAGCCAGGCUGAUUUUUCUUGCAGCCAUGACCAUGUCCCACCUUGCUGAGCUCAGGGCCAACCCACCAGAGUAAGGGCUAUGGUAUCAACUCCUGAUUCCUCUCCCUGAGUUGUGAAAGCAUCUCUUCUUCCCAGCUGUGUGCACUUUUGGGGGCUGUGAGCAUUGCCCCCUCUCUUCCUCCCACAGGCUGUUACUGCUGCUGCUGUCAAGUAAAGGUCCGCCUGUUUUGACAUUCCCGCUGUGUCCUGAGCACCAUCUGUCCAAGCCUGUUCUUCCCAAAGUCUGGAGUUGCCGGCUGGAAAUUCCAGCCCUUGUCUGCUGCUGGGGACUGGCUUCACUCUUUGGCUCCAGAAUUCCCUUCCAAAGGACAAAUACGUGUGUGGGAGUGUGACAGGGAACAACUUUCCUGUAUCUGAGCCCCAGGAGCUGCCCUUCAGCUUCCCUCAAUACGUAGCAUUUUGAGCUGGUGCUUCCAUGCUCUGACGUUGUUCCCCUGGGACUCGUGGUGGAACUGCUGUGUUCCCAGUGUGGGGUCUUGGCAUUGUGCUGGUGCAGGUCUGGGAGAUGCCAGCAUUGGGUGGGUGAGCAGUGCUGAUGCCCUUGGUCCCUGGCACAGGGGUACCCUGUGCAGCAUCCAGAUGUAGCAGCAGUGCCAUGCUCAGGAUAAGAAAUAGAAGUUUGGGACUCUUAAGGACAAGGGAAUGAUGUUAACUUGGGAAUUACAAGCUUUUGCUCAGUGACAAGCCCAGAGUCACCCUAUUUUGCUCCCCAUUCCUCCAGGAGCUCUGUGAGUGCCCCCAAUCAGGGUGCCUCAGGGGGAGUGGGGUGGGUUCAGCAGAGUGUGGCUGGGGCAGAUGCCCACCAUGGGUCUUGCUUGGUGAGGUGAUGGGAACGUGAGGGGGCUCAGGGCUUUCCCAAGGUACUGUUUGGUGCUAACCCCUCCCAGCCCCUUGGUGCUCAGCUUAGAGGAGAGCUGGCAGUGCCCUGCUCCUGUGCAGAGCAGAGGGCCCUGUUCCCAUUCUGGGAGCCGUGUUGGAGCUGAGGAUGCAUUUGGGUGGAUGGGACACACACACACACGUGACAAACGAUGGCUCAUAUUAUGCCUCAGAUCCUAAAGCCUUACAGACCCUCCCUUUAACAUGGCCAAUUUUGUAAGGUGGGGAGGUCAUCCCCUCUGGGAGAGCAUGUACCUGUCACGGGGACCAGGACACCCCUGUUCCUCAUGCCCCAAAGGGAUCCCCAACCUCUGCCUGUGCUGCCCUCCCAGCCCUGCCAAACCCCCUCCCCUCCAGGGAACCCUCCCUCUUGUGUUUACUGGUGUAAGAAACUUGUUAAAAAAGAUUGUUUUGUUUGUAAGUAAUUAUUCAGCCAUUUGCCACAAAUAUAUCUGUGAAUAAGAAAGGGAAAUGUUUUUUUAUGAUGGCGAGAAAAUUGUAUAUAUAUUUUAGUUCAUCGCAGACCAUUCGAAAUUGCAAUGGGAUACGUUGGAAAAUAAUAUGUAAAUUCCUUGGGUUUUUCCUUUGCACUGCACUAACUGGGGUAGGGUGGAGGGGGUUUAAAGAUAAAACUGUUUAUGAAAUAGUUUAUAGCUGGGAAUUUGGAAAUAAUUUGGAAUAGCUUGUAAUGCUGGAAUAGGAACUUUAGCUGCUACUUAGAAAUCCUUUUGCAUGUGGUUUUUCCAGACCUUUUUAAGUUACAAUACAUCAAAGUAAAUUCCACAGCGAAAAAAAUAAAGUGUAAUUUUGCUGA